CAAAAUCCCACAUCCAAAAAAUACUCUUUCCUCACUUCCCAUUCCUCUUCUCUUCUUUAUUUCCCAACUGAAAAAAAAAAAAAUGGAUAAACGAACAUGCAAUUCUCAAGAUGUUGAAGUUAGGAAAGGUCCUUGGACUAUGGAAGAAGAUUUAAUUCUCAUCAAUUACAUAGCUAAUCAUGGUGAAGGUGUUUGGAAUUCCCUUGCUCGAUCUGCUGGUCUCAAGCGUACCGGAAAAAGUUGUAGGCUCCGGUGGCUAAAUUAUCUCCGGCCUGAUGUGAGGAGGGGAAAUAUUACACCUGAAGAGCAGCUCUUGAUUAUGGAACUACAUGCCAAGUGGGGAAACAGGUGGUCAAAAAUUGCGAAGCAUUUGCCGGGAAGAACAGAUAAUGAGAUAAAGAACUAUUGGAGGACAAGGAUUCAGAAGCACAUAAAGCAAGCAGAAAACGCGAACAGAUUAUCAUCAAAUAUUUCUGAACACAAUGAUCAACAAGCAAGCACAAGCCAAGCAUCUACUGGUCCUGCAGAUACAAUCGAAGCCUACUCUGGAAAUAAUAACAAUAAUAAUAUUAUGGGCACUACUUUUCCAACUGAAACAAAUGAACAUAUUUGGAGCAUGGAGGACCUUUGGUCAAUGCAAUUGCUUAAUGAUGCAACCAACGUCUAAUUAAUAAUCAUCAAUUAAUUAAGCUGCGAGCUAUAGCUAGUUACUAUGUAAAGCAUUAAAAAUUCAAAAUUAUAUUCCAAUAUUUAUGCUGUUUGGGUGA